AUGUAUGCAUUGGGCUACCAGUACGACAUCAAGAACCUUGAGAAAGAGGCUUUGAAGAGGUUCGAACCAGCCAUGAAGGGCAAAGAAGGAAAAGGCGACGAGUUCACAGCUGUACUCGGGGUCGCAAGUACCACAUACGCGACUACUCCAGAUAGUGAUCGCGGCCUUCGCGAUGUCGUCGUAGCCUUUGGGGCGAAGCACAUGGAGGAUAUAAAAGACCUGCUGGAGGGAGACAAUCACGGCUCAGAUUCCGAAGUACACGAUUCAAGUAGCCAGCAUGGCUGA